AUGUUCUUUAAUACGGUCGAUGGCAUUGAGUCUCAACCACCAUCCUCCUCCUACUCCUUACAACCAUGUCGUCAGUUCCAAUUUAUGGAGAUUCAGCAAGCAACCAACGACUUUGACGAAUCAUUAGUAAUUGGGCAGGGGGGAUUUGGAAAAGUUUACAAAGGUAAUAUUGUCAAUGGAUCAGAUAUGGUCGUUGCUGCCAUUAAAAGGUACGAUACCAUGUCCCUGCAAGGAGCAGCUGAGUUUCGAACCGAAGUUGAAAUGCUUUCUAGGCUGAAGCAUAAUAAUAUUGUGUCUUUGAUUGGUUAUUGUAAUUACGGAAAUGAGAUGAACCUUGUCUAUGAAUUUAUGCCCAAUGGAGCACUUCACGAUCAUCUCCGUAGACUUGGUGCCCCUCUAUCUUGGCUUCAGCGACUCAAGAUCUGCAUAGGUGCCGCUCGUGGGUUACAUUACCUUCACACUGCUGAAGGGAUUAAUGGUGGGGUUAUACAUCGCGAUGUCAAGAGCUCAAAUAUUCUGCUACAAGAAAGUUGGGAAGCUAAAAUUGCAGACUUUGGGUUGUCGAAAGUAGACUCAACGAAUCAAUCAAAGACUUAUCUCAGCACAAGUGUUAAAGGCACUUUUGAUGGUUCUGCUUUGCCAAUUAGGUUCAACCUUUAA